AUGGCGACCAUGAUCCACUUCGACUCGCCUAUGCUCGCUCGCGCCCCUGCAGCGGAGAAGGAGAACAAUCUGGCAAAGAUGCACAGCAAGAAUGGCGGGGGGAAGGGCGAGCAGCCGAUGCAGAGGAAACGAAUGGCGCUGAAGGCGGUAAACGGUGAGAACCUGUCGGUGUCGAAGCUGAGCCAGCAGACCCCCAAGACGGGCCGCGUAGCGUUAUCCAACCUCACCAACACCGUCAGCGCCCAGAGGACCCCCAAGGCCACCCACAUCGAGAUGGUGAAGCCAUCGGGAGGCGCUCCUCGCGUAGCGACCAAGGUAGCGAGGCCCGCCACAACUUCGACCAAGAGACGGGUGCCCGACAUCGAGCAGCCCUACCCGAAGAAGGUCGUGCCCAUCUUCGAAGAUGCACCGCGCCUGCCCAAGAACUGGACGAACGGUCUCUCGAUCGACAUCUGGACUGGACCCGCCGUCGAGGACACGACCGAUUUCGACCAGGCAGCGAAGCUGAACGUCGCGUUCGAGCCCAUGCCCUACGACUCGUCGAUGUUGGAAUUUGGCGAUGUUCCUCUGCUCGACGAUCUUACUGCCGACCUCAACCGCGACCUCGGCGAAGACGCGAAGUCGUUGGCUGCCGAGCUGCUGGAGCUUUCGUGGACGCUCGACGGUGCUCUGCCCUGA